AUGCAGACUGCAGCCUUGGUGGGUGCAAUAGCUGCCCUGACUUUGGCACUGGCUCUGUCUGCUCUUCCCAAGGAAGAUGGAAGGAAGAAGAAGGAGAAGCACGACAACAAUGCUGUUGCUUACGACAACCUGGAUCUUGGCAACUAUGACCUCAACUUGGACAACUAUGGGGAGGUCAUUGAUCUUAGUAAUUAUGAAGAUAUCUACGAUUAUGGGGACCUGGCAUCCAAGAUUGAGGUUGGCACCUUGGCUCCUCCCAACAAAAACCUAGCACAACCGCCAAGCACAACUGCUGAGGCAACAGAAACAAUACGAAGGAGCCCAUCAACCUCCACAGCAGUCACGCCUAAGGGACCAGGUCUGUUUGGGUCCAUAACAGAUCAGGAUCUUCCCACCUGCUUGGUUUGUGUAUGCAUCAGCACCUCUGUGUACUGCGAUGACACCGAUCUAGAACACAUCCCUCCUCUGCCCUUGGAGACUGCAUACUUCUAUGCCCGCUUCAAUCGCAUCAGCAGGAUUCAAGCCAAUGACUUCAUUGGACUUGCAAAACUGAAGCGAAUUGACCUGACGAGCAACUUCCUUUCUCGGGUGGAUGAAAACUCUUUCCGACUGCUACCCUCCUUGCAAGAGCUUGUCCUCCCUGAAAACAAGUUGACUUCCCUGCCGGAAUUGCCCAGUACCAUUGUGCAGCUGGACGCCCGCUUUAACAUGAUCCAGAGUGCAGGGAUUCAACCCGAAGCCUUCAAAGAUCUGAAGAAGCUGCAGUUCCUUCAUCUGUCUGAUAACAAAUUGGACUAUAUCCCAGUGCCCCUUCCUGAGGGACUGAGGUCUUUGCAUCUACAGAACAACAACAUCCAGACCAUGCACGGAGACACGUUCUGUGACAGCAGAGACCCCAGCCACAUCCGCCGGGCACUGGAGGACAUUCGCUUGGACGGCAACCCCAUCAACCUGAGCCUGUUUCCCAACACUUAUUUCUGCCUGCCUCGCCUGCCCACAGGCCGCUUCUACUGAGCAAAGCUCUCCUCCGCUGCUUGCAGUCCAAACCAGGAACAGAUCUCGAGGGGAAGUGGCCCUGGCAUUCAUCUUACUGCCAGGAGGAUAUUGAUGCUGUUGGACUGUUCUCUUGGCAUCUCUUUCCUUCCUCCCUUCCUCAGCUUAGCCUCCGUUCUGUGGGAGUAUCUAGAACUAGGCUGCAUAAGG